AUGACGAUAGACGACUCGACGUUGGUAGCUCAGGCUGUAUCGAGCUCGACAAAGCAGGUUCGACGAAUCAUACACGGCUCAGUUGGCCGUAACGGGCUGUACGCUGCGUUCGUUCUGAGUAAUGUGGUUUCCGCUGUCUCGCGAUGGAAGGAUCAAGAUCUCACAAGAGCAUCGCGGCUGCCCGUUGGGUAUAAUGCCGCCUACCUGAACGCCCCGAUCCCCUCCUUCAUCCUGGACACCUUCCUCAUCCCCUUCCUUGUUUCAAUCACCUUACAUCAGGCGUCAAGCGAUCCACAAGAGCUCUCGAUGAUACCUAAUAUGGCAAGCACCGCCGUCGCCGCCUCGAUACCAUUAUUAGCAUCCUCGCCGUUGGGUCCGGGUGGGAGGAUCAGCGGGGAGAUGUUGAUGAUCCUGGCGGCGGGGGUAUGCAGGAUCGACAGACUGGCUGAAUCGUUUAUCGCAUCGACUUUCAUUGCCCAGCUCGAUCCCACGCACGCGGUAUGGGCUGUCUUCUCGCAGUUCCAGGCGGUCAUGCGAUACGCUCAAUCAAAGGCGGACGGGAUCACUCGCCCAUCGGCGUCAGAGGCCUCGAGCUCCUCGGAGCGCUCCGAACCGAAUCAGCUGGUACUUCAAGACGUACAGAGACCGCUGGACGUAUUUGAGGCUGUAUCGAGAUCGUACAAGGCACUCUUGACCAAGCUGAGAUUGUGGAGUACUCAGCAGAUCGUCCUUACCUUGGCUCUGAGUCUCUUAGGGUUGGUAUUCGUGGCAGGACGAUCGUGGUUGACAGGUAGUAGUUCAGAAUGGCCGUCCGGCGCAGCGACCCACUACCAACGUCCGACAUUGUCUCAUCAGCUAUUCAUGAGCUCCCUCAUCCUCACGCCCACGCUGUUCGAAGCAGGCCUUAUGCGCACUGUCCGAGGAGGACUCAAAGUGGGCUUGGGAGGCAUCGUUCAGGGAUCCUCAUCAGUUGGCAUCCUGGGAACUAUGAUCUACACUUUGCGGCAACGCAACCCUAUGAACGUGUCUUUCGGCAGACACUCCAUCCUCCAAGCUUGCGCGGCGCUCUCGUGCGGCUGGAUAUGGCUAUAUCGGUCCAAAUCCUGCCUUGCAGUCACCUUUGCCUUAUCCCUCCUUGUCGCUCACCUGAUCACCGCGCUCAUCGCCCAAGGCACAGGUACCACCCCAGUCGACCUAUCCAUCCCCUUCAUCCUCCUUCGCCUUCAGCUUGCCGCAUGCCCGCCAUCCCCGAGACCGGCGCAAGAGGCGGCAGAGGAGAAGAAGAAGCCGGAUCCGCAGAAGGGGCUCACACCUUACGAGGAACGGGAUGUGGAUAUGGUGCUGGAGUCUGGGUGGUAUACUGCUCUGAGAAUAGUCUGGGCAGCAAUAGGUAGACCAGCAUGA